CCGGCCGUGCUCAUCGGCAGCCGCCGCUCCCGGACGGCGCCCGGCGCCGCAGCCAUGAUAAAGCGUUUCCUGAAGGAGGACUCGGACGAGGCUGAGCUGACCCAGUUCCUCCGGGACUGCCCGCCAGCUGACAGCUCCAGGAAGGUGGAGGCUGCCGAGAGCCGGCGGGAGCCUGGCCACCCCCUGGGCAGUGUGGCCAGGGUCCCCCCAGACGAAGACAGUGACGACAGGGACAGCAGGAUCUUCUCCCGCUCCCGGCCCUCGGAUUUCCAGCAGCACAUCGCCGCCCCCCCACCCCCCAGCCCCAACCGCCCGCGGAGCCCCUGGGGGCAGCUGGACCCCUACGACUCCUCCGAGGAUGACAAGGAGUACGUGGGCUUUGCCACGCUGCCCAACCAGGUGCAUCGCAAGUCGGUGAAGAAGGGCUUCGACUUCACCCUCAUGGUGGCAGGGGAAUCCGGGCUGGGCAAAUCCACCCUGGUCAACAGCCUCUUCCUGACGGACAUGUACAGGGACCGCAAGCUGCUCAACGCUGAAGAGCGCAUCACGCAGACAGUGGAGAUCACCAAGCACGUGGUGGACAUCGAGGAGAAGGGGGUCAAGCUGCGCCUGACCAUCGUGGACACGCCGGGCUUUGGGGACGCCGUCAACAACACCGAGUGCUGGAAGCCGGUGGCUGACUACAUCGACCAGCAGUUCGAGCAGUAUUUCCGUGACGAAAGCGGCCUCAACCGGAAAAACAUCCAGGACAACCGAGUGCACUGCUGCAUCUACUUCAUCUCACCCUUCGGCCACGGGCUGCGGCCCCUGGAUGUGGAGUUCAUGAGAGCCCUGCACCAGCGCGUGAACAUCGUGCCCGUGCUGGCCAAAGCUGACACCCUGACCCCCGCCGAGGUGGAGCGCAUGAAGAAUAAGAUCCGGGAGGAGAUCGACCACUACGGAAUCCGCAUCUACCAAUUCCCUGAGUGCGACUCGGAUGAGGAUGAGGAGUUCAAGCUGCAGGACCAGGCACUGAAGGAGAGCAUCCCCUUCGCCGUCAUCGGCAGCAACACGGUGGUGGAGGCCAAGGGCCGGCGCGUCCGAGGGCGCCUCUACCCCUGGGGCAUCGUGGAAGUGGAGAACCCGUCCCACUGCGACUUCGUGAAGCUGCGCACGAUGCUGGUGAGGACGCACAUGCAGGACCUGAAGGACGUGACCCGGGAGACGCACUACGAGAAUUACCGCACGCAGUGCAUCCAGAGCAUGACCCGCAUGGUGGUCAAGGAGCGCAACCGCAACAAGCUGACCCGGGAGAGCGGGACAGACUUCCCCAUCCCCGUGAUCCCCCCAGUGCCGGACAUGGAGACGGAGAAGCUAAUCCGGGAGAAGGAUGAGGAGCUGCGGCGGAUGCAGGAGAUGCUCCAGAAGAUCCAGAAGCAGAUGAAGGACUCGCACUAGCCCGUCCCUCCUCCUCCUCCUCCUCCUGGCCCUGAUCAGAAAUGUUUACAUCACGCUCCACCCGCCCGGCCCCGCUGCCAGACUCGGUACCAACACCCACCCACCACCUUAAGCUGUGGCAUCGCCUUAUCCAACAGCCCAGUGCCCGCGGGGACACGAGGGGACACGAAGGGACAGCGAGGGGACAGAGCAUCCAAGCCGGGGUCCCCUGCCCUCACUGGGAAGAGCUUGGUUCCCCGAGCUUUGGUUUCCCAUUUCUCCACAGCUCUGGGGAGGGCCCUGGCCAGCCUGGUCCCCACAGUGUGUCCCUUGUCCCCGUGUCACCCCGGGCUCCCUGCUUACAGCCUUUAUGCUCAGCUUGGCCCUGGCCUGAGAGGGGAGGAAAGGAAAGGCACUGCCCCUCUCUGGGGGACAGGGCUGUUCCCCUGGCCUCGGCUCCUGGGGACCACAGGGGACAGAGGGACAGCCACCAUCCUGCUCCGUGCCAGCACCAGUGCAGGGGGACUGAAGCUGUCAGUGUCCAGCCCUGUGUCCUCACCCUGUCCCCACUGAGUGACAGCAGGGCUCUGGCAUGGGGAGCAAUGGGAAUCAGUGUCCCCAGGGAAAACCCCUUGAACCCCAAAUCAGAGGCUGGGCACCCCGGCCCGCCGUGAUGUUGGCCCUGUAAAGCAAUAAUGAGUGUCCUGUGCCCGUGGCACCUCUCACCCCAUGGCAACAGCACCGGCCCCGGCUGGAAUUCUGGCCCCUGCUGCCUCUUGCUUGUCUGUGGUGUCCCCGUGUCCCAGGAUGUCCCUGUCCCUGCUGCUCCUUGGCACAGCAGCCCUGCGUGCUCUCCAAGGAUGUCCUCGUCUGUGCUGCUUCCCAGCAAAGCAGUGCUGUGUGUCCCCAUGGUGUCCCCAUGUCCCCAUGGUGUCCCCAUGGUGUCCCCAUGGUGUCCCCAUGGUCCCCAGCCUGUCCUGGUUGGUGUUGCUGCCCUACAGAGCACUGCAGCUUGUCCCCCCCAGACUGCCCCCAUCUGUGUUGCUUUCCCACAGAGCUAUGUUGCAUCCCUGUGUCCCCCGGGAUGUCCCCAGCCAUGUCACCACCCUGCAGGGCUCUGUGUAAUGUCCCUGUGUCCCCUGGGAUGAUGUCCACCUCUCGCAGCACCCCUGGGGAGGUGGAUCCAAGCCCCCCCUGGCUGUGGGAAAGGCCAGAGGGGCUGGUGAGGAUGCAGGCAGGACUGGGAGCACUGGGAUGAGUGGGAGCAGCACUGGGAGCUCUCUGCCGUGGGGAUGUGUCCUGUCCCCAUCACGGUCCCCCGAGGCCGGGUCCCGGGUGGGGCGUGGCUGGCAGGGGCUGUGCCCAGCUGGGGGCUGCAGGGUGCCAGGGCAGCCCCCGGGCCGUGCCCACCGUGUUCCCGUGGGCAGGGCCCCCCGGG